AUGCUCAUCAUGCCCAAGCAGGCCAGAGUCCCCUCAGAGAUAGAGAACAGCUGCCGAAUCCAACUAGAAAGCUUGGUUUGUCGUUGCGCCCUCUCCCACCCCGGCCGCCCCUGCCCCCCACCCCUCGCGGCACCCUGUGCAAACGACCCCCAGUUGCCCGGUGCUGCCGGUUACAGGAGCUCUCCGUUGCCUGGUCAUAUGUUGCAAAAACCGAGAAGCAGGAGCCGCCCUGGUGCCCAGCCCAGGAGCAGCAGCCACUGUGGCCCAGGUGUCCCUGGGUUGGUCCCAAGUGGGCAUGCACGCCCAGACGCCUCGCAGGGCACCGCAGGCACCUUGUCAACGAGCUUGAGCUUCUGCCGGGCCCAGGCCACCCCAGCCCCGGAACUCCGGACCCAGAAGCAGCUGGAGUUGAAGGUGGCAGAGCUGGUGCAGUUCUUGCUGAUUAAGGACCAGAGGAAGAUCCCCAUCAAGCGGAGCGGUAUCCUGAAGCACAUCAUCCAAGACUACAAGGAUGUUUUUCCAGACCUGCUCAAGCUGGCUGCUGAGCGGCUCCACUACGUGUUCGGGUACAAGCUGGUAGAACUCGAACCCAAGAGCAACUCCUACAUCCUCAUCAACACCCUGGAGCCAGUGGAGGAGGAUGCUGAGGUGAGAGGCAACCAGGGAACCCCUACCACCGGCCUCCUGAUGAUUAUUUUAGGGCUCAUCUUUAUGAAUGGCCACAGCAUCCCAGAAACCGAAGUCUGGGAUUUUCUACGUCGUUUGGGGGUGUAUCCCACCAAGAAGCAUUCGGUUUUCGGAGAUCCGAAGAAACUCAUUACUGAAGACUUCGUGAGACAGCGUUACCUGGUGUCCCGAAGGAUACCUCACACAGAUCCUGUGGACUGUGAGCUCCAGUGGGGUCCACGAGCAAAUAUGGAAACCAGUAAGAUGAAAGUUCUUAAAUUUGUGGCCAAAGUCCACAAGCAAGAUCCCAAGGACUGGCCCACACAGUACUGUGAGGCUUUGGCAGACGAACAGAGCAGGGUCAGACCAGAACCCAGUGGUCCAGCCCCGACUUCUUAAAAUAAAUGCUUGGGAUUCCCAAGCAUGAGUCAGAAGAAUAGGGAACAUGGGGGUGGAAGGAGCAUAUUUCCACAACUAUUAAAAUGUAUUAUCUUUAA